GUUUGGUGCAAAGACGUAGGGGCGGGACACGUCCCUGCCAUUCCACUCGCGCGCAAAGUGGUGGGGGCUCCGUGAAAGGAUCUGCUAAGGACAGAGAACAGCCGGGAGCAGGAGGGGGACGCGGGGUUGCCGGGGGACCUGGGCCGUGGCCCUGGCCAGAUUCAGGAUCUAUUUCUCAGCAUUUCACGUUGAACAUUUGUUUUAAUGUUCAAAUGGAGUUAAAGUAAAGGAGAACUUUUUGUGCAGUUCGACUCUUCUCCAGCCAGAGGACUCUUCUUUAGUGGGAAGGAUAGCAUCUCCACAGGAUCCUGCUUUGUGUUCUGCCUUUGAAGUUGCUUGAACGGCUUUUCGACAGUGGAAGUGAAGAGGGAGGAAAUAAUCCUGUCACAUCUGUACAGCUUAGUGAAGCCCUUCUGACAGCCUGUCUUUCUCCACUGGUAGACUUGGAUUGGGAGAAGAUUGCUUUCAACGGGUCUGCCUUUGGAAGUCAUCGCCUUCUCCCUAACCUGAGUGUGUCUUUAAUUUGUCCCUAUCAUUGAUAGAGACCAUAUGUCAAAAAAGGGGAACUUUGUAACAACUGAAGUGACAGUUGCCUUUGACUCUUUCUGCCCAGUUUAUCACUGGCCAAGUUACCAAGUAUAAAGAUACCAGCCUGGAACAGAGAACUAAGGAUAAGACUGGACAGGUGUAUAUAACUGUGCUUCAACCAUGACUGGCUCAAAGAAUAAGGCUCGGGCGCAGGCUAAACUGGAAAAGAGGGCAAGUGCACAAGCCAAAGCUGCAGCAGAGAGAGAGGCUGCUAAUGCAGUUAGAGGUGCAGGCAAAAACCGGGACAAAGGGAAGGGUAAGGCAGGCUCUAAAACAGAUGCAGUGGCAGAGGCAAAGGCAGGCUCUAAAAGCAAGGCAGUUGCUGAGACAAAAGAAGGAGCAAGACCAGAAUCUAAGGCUGUAGCGAAAGGCACAUCAGAGUUCAACCAUAAGGCUGAGAACAAGUACGCUAGAUCCGCACGUAAAGAUAAGCCCGGUAGUGAUAGCUGGUUUUGGGCUGGAGAAGAUUCUGGUAUCAAUUCCUGGUUCUGGAAGGGAGAAGAGGUUAGUAACAAUUCUGUUGCCAAAUGUGAAAAUAAACCUAGUACUAGUAUCCAGGCCCGUGUGGAGGAGCACACACCUAGAACCAGCCACAAGUCUAGGUCAGGAGCUGAGGAGGAGGAGGAAGAGAAUGUUAUAGGGAACUGGUUUUGGGAAGGAGAUGACACUGGUUUUGAUUCUGAUCCUAAACCUGUGUUCAAAAUAGUAAAACCUCAGCCAGUAGAUGAAAUAAAUGAAAAGGAUAGGCCAAAGGACUGGUCCGAGGUAACUAUCUGGCCCAAAGCUCCUGCUGUAACUCCAGCAGUGUUAGGUUAUAGAUCUCAGGACUCAUCUGAGGGAAGGCCCUCUUCAUAUAUUGUUCUGGCCUCAAAUGAAGAGGAAACUUCAACAACCUGUACUAAGAAUACUCGUUCAAGCCUCCAGCCUAUACCUGAGUAUCCAUUUGGAUCUGAUUCUUGCAUACAGACCUUAGAUGAAAUUAGACAGCAAAUCAAGAUCAGAGAAGAGAAUGGCAUCAAGCCCUUUGCUUGCCCUUGCAAAAUGGAGUGCUAUUUGGAUUCUCCAGAAUUUGAAAAGCUUGUUAACAUACUUAAGUCAACUACUGAUCCCCUUAUUCAUAAAAUAGCACAGAUUGCAAUGGGUAUCCAUAAAGUUCAUCCAUUUGCCCAGGAAUUCAUUAAUGAAGUGGGUGUGGUGACGCUUAUUGAAAGCUUGCUCAGUUUUUCUUCCCCUGAAGUUAGUAUAAAAAAGGCUGUUAUUACUCUGAACUCUUGGGAUGACAGACAACAAAUGGUUUAAUUUCAUGUUAAGCAUAUGUGUAAAGAAACGGUAUCUUUCCCCUUGAACUCACCUGGCCAGCAAUCUGGAUUAAAGAUAAUAGGGCAGCUGACGACUGAGUCUGUCCAUCACUACAUUGUAGUUAGCUACUUUUCAGAGCUUUUCCAUUUGCUGUCCCAGGGAAAUCGUAAGACUAGGAAUCUUGUUUUGAAAGUAUUUUUGAAUAUGUCUGAAAAUCCCAAGGCAGCCAGAGAUAUGAUAAAUAUGAAGGCAUUAGCAGCAUUAAAACUCAUCUUUAACCAAAAAGAGGCAAAAGCCAAUCUUGUGAGUGCUGUGGCCAUCUUUAUUAACAUAAAGGAGCAUAUUAGAAAGGGCUCAAUUGUAGUAGUUGAUCACUUGAGUUACAAUACUCUUACUGCCAUAUUCCGUGAAGUUAAAGGGAUUAUUGAAAGAAUGUAAAAUGACCGAGAAAUUAAAGAGAACACUGAACAGUGUCCAAAAUCUGAUUGGCUGUACAUUCCCAAAGAGUUUUGCAUAAUAUUUUGGUAAUUACUGCUCACACAUUUUUGUCUUAACAUCUUUUACAUAUUAUUACCUGUGGCAGGUUCUAGAUCAAAGCUGGAACAUUUUUGAUGUAUCAAAUGAAUAUUACAUCUUGAGAUAAAAAGUUUGUUGAUUUCUAUCUUAUCUAGAUUAGCAGAUUUUUAACAUUUUACUUAAGGAAACUGAUCCAACUCUCAAAAGUACAGUGUCUUGAGGAAUAGUAUCUGCUUACGUCUGUUUGUGGCUCCAGGUAAUGGUCUUGUGAUCUAGUUACAGAAAUAAGGCAUAUGGAAAUAAAGAUAUGUGAUGGUACUUA